AUGAGAGGCCGCCGCACUUCCAAAAUUACUGGAGGAAAUUCGCGCCUUCCAGAUGAUGAUUAUAAACCAAGUGAAACUAGAUGCAUACAAGACGCAUCUUUCUUAGAAGUUGUACAUCCGAUUGAAGCAACUGGCAAAAUCAACAAUAAAGAGUUAACACCAAUACAGAAAGCAAUUACAUUCUGCAUAAUGGAACAUGGAGGUUCGGCCUCAGAACAAGAAAUUUUAGAUUUUGUUACAAAAAAGUGGAAAUUGAUAAAUGAGAAGUCAAUUCGUCAAUUUCAAGUUAAACCAUGCAUGAGACUAAUCAGACUUAAUUUGUCAAUAAAGAAGAAUAAUCAACAAUUGUUUCUUCCAGAUCCGGACAAAGCAGGUAACAUGAUUCUUGGUCAGUAUGAUCCAAAUGCAUCAAAACAUAAUGACCAAACACCAGAAAGUACAGAUACCAUUAUAAAUGAAUCUUCCUCAGAAGAAUUGAAUCAAUACGCAAUUGAAACAGACUUCAUCGAAGAGUUAAUGAAUUAUUUAAAUCGAAGCAAGUAUCCUGUGAAGUUCACUGACAUUGUUAGUUUCGCAAAAUUAUCGAAUUUUAAAAUAAAUUUGUUUGCGAGAUUAGAAUUUAAUCGGCAAAUUAGAGCCAUUCUAGUAUCAUUAAAGGUACAAGGUCAUUUAUUUUAUAACCCCUUCGAUGACUCUUGGUGCGUCAAUCCAAUCCUCUGUCAGAAGUGA